CACACACACACGAAACAAAAAUAAAAGAAAAGAGAGAGAAAAAAAAAAAAAAAUUCCCCCCUCCUCCUCCGCCGACAUUCGCCGUCUCUCCUUCGCUCAGACCAGUCGCCAUUGUAAUAAGCGGAGGAGAAGUGUUUCUCAGUGUUUUAAAGCAUGGAACCCACUCAGUCAGCUUUUGCUGAUGCUGUCGCCCGAGCAAGACAGAUUGCCGCCAAAAUAAACCAACCUGCUGGAGAUGGACAGGGUAUCAAGAGACCCUUUGAAGAUGGAGCUGGAUAUGGUGAACCCGAUGUAAAGAAGACACCUGCUGCGAUAAAUGAUCCAAUUGGUGCUCAGUUGCGUGCUAUGGCUGAACAACAGAGAUCUAACCAAGCAACACAAGCAGCUCAAGCAGCACAGGAAGCAGCUGCUCGUAUUAAUCAACAGUUAGGUGUUUCUAAUCCAAAUUUGCAAAAGUCCUCUCCUGUCACAAGCCCAGGCCCACAUUCAUCAAUGGAAAUGGUUGCUUCUGAAGAAUAUAAAGUGCCUGAUAAACUUGUUGGAUUGAUUAUAGGAAAAGGUGGUGAACAGAUAUCAAGGUUACAAGCAGAAACGAGUUGUAAAAUUCAAAUAGCACCAGAUAGUGGAGGCUUGCCAGACAGAGUCUGUUCUUUGACAGGUGCACCAGCUGCAAUAAGUGCCUGUAAACAGCAAAUGCAAAAAAUAGUUGACAAAGCACAGAGUGCAACACUGCCUUUAGAUCAGACUACUGUCCCUGAAGGUCAAAAUGUUAUUGAAAUGCUGAUUCCAGGCAAUAAAGUUGGCUUAAUCAUUGGCAAAGGUGGUGAAACAAUACGCCAAUUACAAGACCAGGCUAAUGUGAAAAUGGUGAUGAUUCAGGACAGUAGUCUACCCAGUGCACACGACAAGCCAUUACGUAUCACUGGAGAGCCUUCAAGGUGUGGGAGAGCCAGGGAUAUGGUUAUGCAAUUGUUGGCAGACAAAGAUGGUACAAUGACAAAUGAAUAUGGUUCUGCUGUUGGCAAUAAUAAUGGUGGGGGUGGCGGCGGUGGUGGAGGUGGUGUUAGAGCAGCUGCUUCAGGUGGCAGUGGAAUGGACUUUCCUGUUCCAAGACCUGCUGUGGGUAUUGUGAUAGGAAAGGGUGGGGAGACUAUAAAACGUGUACAAAAUGAGACUGGUGUGCGAUUGCAAUUUAAAGCAGAUGAUGGUGCAUCUCCUGAGAGGUUACUGACUAUAAUGGGUCCUCCGGAUAAAGUUCAACAGGCUGCAAGUAUGAUCAGUGAAAUACUAGGAAAUGCAAAUCAACAAGGCGGUAUUGGUCGUGGCUUUCCUAUGGGCCGAGGUAGAGGUCGUGGUAGAGGUGGUGGCCCUUUUAAUAACAUGACUGGUCCUCCUGGUCCAAAUGGUCCUGGCGGUAGAGGAAUGGGACGUGGCUUUGAUCCAAAUUUUCAAGAUGAAACUACUUAUGCUGUGCCUGCUGACAAAUGUGGUUUAGUAAUUGGCAAAGGUGGAGAAACAAUCCGAGAAAUUAUACGACAGUCUGGUGCUCAUGUUGAGCUUCAGCGGCAACCUCCACCAAAUCCCAAUGAAAAGAUCUUUAAUGUCAGAGGUAGUCCACAACAAAUCCAGCAUGCUAUACAAAUGAUAUGUGAAAAAGCAGGUUUGCAACCACCACCACCAGGUCCUAAUGGACCAGCUGGACCUGGAGCACCAGGUGCACCUGGAGCUCCUCCAGCACCUGGGAGUGCUGGUCCCCAUGGUGCUCCUGGGGCUCCUUCUGGACCUAAUGCACCAGGUGUACCUCCAGCUGGGGCAGGGUAUGAUCAGUAUGGACAAUAUGCUCAACCAAGCCAGCAAGCACCAGCUGGCCAGCAGCCAUAUGGAGGUCAAGCAUGGGGAGCAGCAUAUCAACAAGGUUAUCCACAACAGCAGCAACAACAAGCUGAUCCAAUAUCUUUUCCAGAUAAACAGGCUCAAGAUGCUAAUGCAGCCGCAUGGGCUGCUUAUUAUGCUCAGUAUUAUGCACAGUAUGGUCAAUAUGGUCAGUACCAGGCCCAGCAAGGAGGCCAAGGGGCCCCUCAACAGCCAGGCCAACCAACUGGCCCAGGAGCACCCCAACAACCCCAGUUACAGCAGCCACCUCAACAGCAGCCCCAACAACAACAACCCCAACAGCAACAGCCUCAGCAACAAGUUGCACCCCAGCAGACGCAGCAGCAAGCUGCACAACAACCCCAGCAACAGCAGCAGCCUGCUAUCAACCCCCAAACUGGCCAACCUGAUUACAGUGCUGCUUGGGCAGAAUACUAUCGUCAACAAGGGAUGCACUAUCAUGCAAAUAUGAUAUUACAACAAGCAGCACAACAACAGGGUCAAGUGGGAAGCCAAGGUCAGGCCAAUCAACAACCUCAACCCCAGUGAUGAUGUUCUGAUUCAUUUCAUUUUAACCUAUGGCAGCAACUAGGAUCCCUGAAGGAAAAAAUGUAUCGACUCUCCUGGAUUUCUUGAUGAAGCAGCCUAAAGUUGUAUUGCUACUUCCACGAUUCUAUGACAUGCUUUAGUGGUCCUAUGUUGAAUAACAGGGUGUGUUUGCAUGUAUGUAUGUGUGUGUGUACAUGUAUGCACUCAUGUACAUACUUUUGAUUGGUGUAUUGUAUGAGUUUUAUAUAUACAUAUAUAAAACUGUGUGUAUGUGCAUGUAUUAUCGUUAUAGGUUUCAAAUUGGACUGGAUUUCCUAUAGAUUUGUUUGAACAUUCCAUGUGCUGAGGUGCAAUUUCAUUUCACUUUAGAUACUCAAACAGUUUGGGAGGGAAUUGCAGCACAUUCUAAACUAUGUUCACAAUUGGAGCAUACUUAUAAUAGAGUACCAUCAUUUUGCAGCUUCCGUGAGUGUUGUCCAACUUCAGUCAUGCUGUUUCAUGAAAGUGGAAUCUUCCUAAUCAUUAUAUGUUCUUGCUCUCCUGCCCUUCCACAUCUGUUAGCAGAGAGGCAUCAGUAUAACAUUGUAACUUGUGGAUCUAGUAAUUUAAGAGCCAUGAGUAUUUUUAACAUAGUUUGUUAGUGUCAUUAAUCAGUGACCAUUGUGAAUAAGUUUCAUUUUUGUACAUGUAAAAUAUUCAUCAGAGAUCUUGAAUUUUUUCAUACAACAUGGCCUUGUGUGAUUAGCAACAUAUACAGUGCUGCUUUUCAGCCAAUGUUGAAAGGAUAGCAGCUGAUUGAAGGUAAGAUCAUUGGGGAAAUAUGAUUUGCAAUAAAGUUUCUUCAUGUAUUGA